GCGGGGUGAGGAACCUCGGACCUGGGAAUGAAGAAGGAAUUGGGAAGGGCCUAUGAGUUAGCAAGGGUUACCAACCAAGUGGGAACAGAGCCACCUGUGUCGAGGUGGCGUCCAGCAGGACACCAGCGGACACACCAGGCUCAGGGGCCACCUGUGCUCGCUGGGCUCCCAUGAAUGUGUGUCUAAAAUUUGGGGGAACAGGUCACAGAGCAACGUGCUGUCUCAGUCUUCCUCCUUGGCUACAGUAGCUCCCCCUUUUUAGUAGGAUCCACAGCACUGGACCAGAGGAGAACCAGGUGAAAGAGACCCUGGAGUGGUCCCAAGGAGAAUGAUCCCGGACUGGCACAGCUCCUUGAUCCUCACGGCCUACAUCCUCAUCUUCCUCACUGGGCUCCCUGCCAACCUGCUGGCCCUGAGGGCCUUCGUGAGCCGGGUCCGCCAGCCCCAGCCUGCUCCCGUGCACAUCCUCCUGCUGAAUCUGACCCUGGCGGACUUGCUCCUUUUGCUGCUACUGCCCUUCCGGAUCGUAGAAGCAGCGUCUAACUUUCGCUGGUACCUGCCGAAGAUUGUGUGCGCGCUCACGGGCUUCGGCUUCUACAGCAGCAUCUACUGCAGCACGUGGCUGCUGGCGGGCAUCAGCAUGGAACGCUACCUGGGAGUGGCCUUCCCCGUGCAGUACAAGCUAUCCCGCCGGCCCCUGUACGGAGUGAUCGCCGCUCUGGUGGCCUGGAUCAUGUCCUUCGGCCACUGCACCAUCGUCAUCAUCGUUCAGUACCUGAACUCAACCGAGCCUGUGGGCACUGAGAACCAAAUAACCUGCUAUGAGAACUUCACCCAAGAGCAACUGGAUGUGGUGCUGCCUGUGAGGCUGGAGCUGUGCCUGGUCCUCUUCUUCGUCCCCAUGGCAGUCACCAUCUUCUGCUACUGGCGCUUCGUGUGGAUCAUGCUCACGCAGCCCCAUGUAGGGGCUCAGAGGAGACGCAGGGCGGUCGGCCUGGCUGUGGUGACGCUUCUUAAUUUUCUGCUGUGCUUCGGACCUUACAACGUGUCCCACUUGGUGGGGUUCUACCUGCGGCAGAGCCCUCCGUGGCGAGUGGAGGCUGUGGUAUUCAGCUCCCUCAAUGCCAGCCUGGACCCGCUGCUCUUCUAUUUUUCUUCCUCCGUGGUGCGCAGAGCUUUCGGGAAAAGUUUGCUAGUGUUCCGCAAACCCGGCUCCUCGGUGUUGGGCAGAGGAGCCAAAGAGACAGUGGAGGGGACCAGGAUGGACAGGGGUGGGAGUCAAACAGAGGGGGUGCCGAGCUCUGAUUUCAUCACUGAGUAGAGAGUCCCCCGAACCUUUCCCAGUCUCUGAUCACCCAGAAGUUGGACUGGCUAGCAGAGCGCCUGGAACUUGGU